CACAUCUUCUUCUCCGCACUUUCGCUGACGAGGAAAUCGUGGCCUCCAUUGAUCUCUGGUGGCACAGCUACGGUUUCUUCACGUGUAGCUUCUCUCUCACCGUCUCUGCAACGCGUUCUUUUUCCGUAACAAGAACAACGACCUUAUACCACUUUUGAGUUUCCGCUUCUGGUUUCUUAGCCCUCUUCUUGCUUCAGGUUUUUCUUGCUGCACAUUGUUCUCCAUUGCUGAUUGAUAUGUUUCGUUCAAAGAAGCAUUCUCAAAGUCAUAAUCACCAUAAUAAUGAUUCUACACAAGAAGACGGGAAGAUCAAUGAACUUAGGGCUGCUCUUGGGCCUCUGUCUAGUCGAAGUUCAAAGUAUUGCACCGAUGCAUGUCUGAGGAGAUAUUUGAUAGCUCGAAACUGGAAUGUUGAGAAGGCAAGGAAAAUGCUAGAAGAGACGCUCAAGUGGAGGGCAGCUUACAAGCCCGAAGAAAUCCGUUGGCAUGAAGUAGCAUUUGAAGGCGAGACUGGAAAAGUGUCGAGAGCAGAUUUUUGCGAUCGACAGGGAAGAUCUGUGCUCAUAAUGAGACCUGGAAUGCAGAACACAACUCCAUCAGAAGUCAGCGUGCGGCAUCUAGUCUAUCUUCUAGAGAAUGCGAUUCUGAACCUUGUUGAGGGUCAAGAACAAAUGUGUUGGUUAAUAGAUUUCACCGGAUUUACAAUGAAAACCAAUGUCUCCGUCAAAAUAGCCUCCGAUGUUAUCAAUAUCUUGCAGAACCAUUACCCGGAAAGACUUGCCGUUGCAUUCCUCUACAAUCCACCCAAGAUUUUUCAAGCCUUCUGGAAGGCUAUCAAGUACUUCUUAGAUCCAAAGACAUCUCAAAAGGUAAAGUUUGUAAAUCCCAAAGACAAAGGAAGCGUGGAGCUGAUGAAAUCAUACUUCGACAUGGAAAACCUUCCCAGUGUGUUUGGGGGUAAAGCCACACUCGAGUAUGAUCACCAGCAGUUCUCUCAGAUGAUGGCCCAAGACGAGCUUAAAGCUGCACUAGUGUGGGGCCUUGAUGAGAAGGCCCACCAUAUCACAAAUGGGCCUUCUUCUGGCCCAGAAGUUGCACCAGAGCCCAUUACUGCAACAAACUAACUAACUGGUAUGUCUCCUGCCUCCCCUUUACAGCAUUUUGAAACUAAAA